AUGGGGCAACUCAAGUAUUUUCUAGGAAUAGAAGUGGCGAGAUCAAAGAAAGGAAUUGUAUUGUGUCAAAGAAAAUAUGCUUUGGAGAUUCUUGAAGACACAGGUUUCCUUGGUGUCAAGCCUUCAUCUUUUCCAGUUGAGCAGAAUUUGUCACUCACCCAAGCAGAUGGAGUUUUGUUACAAGAUCCUUCUCAAUAUCGGAGGCUUGUGGGGCGGCUCAUAUAUUUGACCAUUACAAGACCGGACUUGGUUUAUGCUGUCCACAUAUUGAGUCAGUUCAUGGACAAACCAAGGCAGCCACACCUUAAAGCAGCACACAAGGUUCUGAGGUAUAUUAAGCAGACGCCAGGUCAAGGAGUAUUGUUGUCUUCCACAGGUCCUUUAGAAUUGAGAGCAUUUUGCGAUGCUGAUUGGGCUCGAUGUAGAGAUACAAGAAGGUUUGUGUCAGGCUACUGUGUACUCAUUGGAAAUGCACAUGUUUCAUGGAAGACAAAGAAACAAACCACUGUGGCACGCUCCAGUGCAGAGGCAAAAUAUCGGUCAAUGGCGACAACAUGUUGUGAAGUAACUUGGUUGCUUAGCAUAUUGCGUGAUUUGAAUAUACAUCACCAACAACCAGUUAAGCUAUACUGUGACAACCAAGCUGCAAUCCACAUAGCUUCAAACCCGGUGUUUCAUGAGCGUACGAAAUAUAUAGAGAUCGACUGCCAUGUGGUGCGUGAAAAAGUGCAGAGGGGAGUGAUUAAACCAGCUCAUGUUAGAACCAAAGAGCAGCCGACAGAUUUGUUCACUAAGUCGGUGAGUGCAGCACAGUUUAAAGCCUUACUUAGCAAGUUGAGUGUAAUUAAUAUACACUCUAACUUGAGGGGGAGUCUUGAGGAAGAAGAUCCUGCUGCACCAGUUAAGGAAGGAAUCUCAGCAAAUAAGGAAGUAAUUGUCACAGCAAGUUAA